GUUUCCUGUCUUUACCCUUCUUCCUUUGAUUCUGAGAUCGUAUAUAAAGGGGUCGGUGGAUCUCAGGGCAUACAACUGUGCGCCAUGAAGAGCUGUUGGUUCCUGUCUCUCUUCCUCCUCGCCUCCGGGCAGGACACCUGUGACCUGCCAUGCCACUACCACUUGGACCCCGUGUGUGGCUCCGACGGGGUCACGUACCCCAACCUGUGCACCCUCCAGGUCGCCGACUGCCGAAGUGACGAAGACAUAACGUUGGCUCACCCGGGCGAGUGCAAAGGCGACUGUGACCUGGCCUGCCCCGCCAACCACGACCCCGUGUGUGGCUCCGACGGGGUCACGUACCCCAACCUGUGCAGCCUCCAGGUCGUCGACUGCCUUAGCGAUGGAGACAUUACUCUGGCAUACCCGGGAGAGUGCCAGGCGAGGCGGGAAGCGUGUGACCUACUCUGCCCAGCCAACUAUGACCCUGUGUGUGGCUCCGACGGGGUCACGUACCCCAACCUGUGCAAUCUGAAGGCCGCUGACUGUCUCACUGAGAACAAUAUAACCCUGGCUCACCCGGGGGAGUGCCAAGCGCCUUGCGACGUCGGCUGCCCCGCCAACUACGACCCCGUGUGUGGCUCCGACGGGGUCACGUACCCCAACCUGUGCAGCCUCCAGGUCGCCGACUGCCUUAGCGAUGAAGACAUUACUCUGGCAUACCCGGGAGAGUGCCAGGCGAGGCGGGAAGCGUGUGACCUCCUCUGCCCCGCCAACUAUGACCCCGUGUGUGGCUCCGACGGGGUCACGUACCCCAACCUGUGCAAUCUGCAGGCCGCUGACUGUCUCACUGAGAACAAUAUAACCCUGGCUCACCCGGGGGAGUGCCAAGUGCCUUGCGACGUCGGCUGCCCCUUCAACUAUGACCCCGUGUGUGGCUCCGACGGGGUCACGUACCCCAACCUGUGCAGCCUCCAGGUCGUCGACUGCCUUAGCGAUGAAGACCUAACGCUGGCUUACCCGGGCGAGUGCAAAGCCGACUGUGACCUGGCCUGCCCCGCUAACUACGACCCCGUGUGUGGCUCCGACGGGGUCACGUACCCCAACCUGUGCAACCUCCAGGUCGCCGACUGCCUUAGCGAUGAAGACAUUACCCUGGCAUACCCGGGAGAGUGCCAGGCGAGGCGGGAAGCGUGUGACCUCCUCUGCCCCGCCAACUAUGACCCCGUGUGUGGCUCCGACGGGGUCACGUACCCCAACCUGUGCAAUCUGCAGGCCGCUGACUGUCUCACUGAGAACAAUAUAACCCUGGCUCACCCGGGGGAGUGCCAAGCGCCUUGCGACGUCGGCUGCCCCUUCAACUACGACCCCGUGUGUGGCUCCGACGGGGUCACGUACCCCAACCUGUGCAGCCUCCAGGUCGUCGACUGCCUUAGCGAUGGAGACCUAACGCUGGCUUACCCGGGCGAGUGCAAAGGCGACUGUGACCUGGCCUGCCCCGCCAACUACGACCCCGUGUGUGGCUCCGACGAGGUCACGUACCCCAACCUGUGCAGCCUCCAGGUCGCCGACUGCCUUAGCGAUGGAGACCUAACGCUGGCACACACUGGCCCUUGUUAACAAAGGAAAUGAUGGUCGCCGUAACUUCUAAGAUAGUGUUUGUCUGUCAGUUAUAAUAAUAGUAAUGAAAAAUAAUAUCUAGUUUAUAUGGAUUGAAAUAUACUAUAGAUUCUACAGCUGUCCGGAAUUGAUGUUAUUUGUGUUAACUUUAAUUAAAUAAAUGGGUCUAUGUA